CAGUCCCUUCAGCUCAACUGUACUUCCUCCACCGGCCUUACCGAUUGUUGUUCUUUCCACUCCUGCCAACUGAAAGCCUGUUAGGGUUACAAGAGGAUUUACCGCGAGUCAACUCGCCAGAUCCUCUGUAAAUUGAUCAUAGUUCCACGUCAGGGUCGUUUUAUAAAUUAGGGGUACGUCACAUUUUCCCACAUGGCCACUAAUAUGGCCGUAGUCGAGGAGCCAUUGUACCCGAUAGCCAUUUUAAUCGACGAGCUUAAGAAUGACGACAUUCAGCUGCGCUUGAACUCGAUUAGGCGGCUGAGCACGAUCGCGAGGGCUCUUGGCGAGGACAGGACGAGGAAAGAGCUGAUUCCGUUUCUUAACGAGAAUAAUGACGAUGACGACGAGGUGCUUUUGGCCAUGGCGGAAGAGCUUGGCUCGUUUAUUCCCUGCGUCGGAGGAGUCGAUUUCGCUUACGUCAUCCUCCCGCCGUUGGAAACGCUCUGCACUGUUGAGGAGACGGUUGUACGCGAUAAGGCGGUGGAGUCGCUGUGCAAGAUCGGACAACAGAUGAAGCCGCGAGACAUUGUCGAGUACUUCGUCCCGCUUGUUCAGCGACUGGCGGCGGGCGACUGGUUCACGGCGCGCGUGUCGGCGUGCGGGCUGUUCCACAUCGCGUACCCCGCGGCGACGGAGCAGCAGCGCGCCGAGCUGCGCACGCUGUACGGGCAGCUGAGCCACGACGACAUGCCCAUGGUGCGCCGUUCCGCCGCGCUCAACAUGGGGAAGUUCGCCGCCACCGUCGAGCCGCAGUUCCUCAAAUCCGACAUCCUCGCCUUCUUUAAAGACCUCACCAACGACGACCAGGACUCGGUGCGGCUGCUGGCGGUGGAGGGGUGCGCGGCGGUGGGCAAGCUGCUGGAGAAGGAGGAGUGCAUAUCCACCAUCCUCCCCAUCAUCCUCGCCUUCGCCCAGGACAAGUCGUGGCGAGUGCGGUACAUGGUGGCCAAUCAGCUGCACGAGUUGUGCGAGGCAGUGGGGCCCGAUGUCGCACGCGCGGAGCUGGUCCCCGCGUUCAUCACGCUGCUGCGCGACAACGAGGCGGAGGUGCGGAUCGCAGCGGCGGGCAAGGUGACCAAGAUAUGCGCCAUCGUGAAGCGGGAGGACGCCUUCAACGCCAUCCUGCCCUGCGUCAAGGAUCUCUCUACCGACGCGUCGCAGCACGUGCGGUCGGCGCUGGCGUCGGUGAUCAUGGGCAUGGCGCCGCUGAUGGGCAAGGAGAUGACCAUCGAGCACCUGCUGCCGCUCUUCCUCGCGCUGCUCAAGGACGAGUUCCCCGACGUGCGCCUCAACAUCAUCAGCAAGCUCGACCAGGUCAACCAGGUCAUCGGCAUGGAUCUGCUGUCCCAGUCCUUGUUCCCGGCAAUUGUCGAGUUAUCGGAGGACCGGCACUGGCGUGUGCGGCUGGCGAUCAUCGAGUACAUCCCGCUGCUAGCGGGGCAGCUGGGCAUGGAGUUCUUCGACGAGAAGCUCAAGGACCUCUGCAUGAAGUGGCUCGAGGACCAGGUGUACUCGAUCCGAGAGGCAGCAGCCACCAACUUGAAGCGGCUGGCAGAGGAGUUUGGGCCCGAGUGGGCUCAAGCACACAUCCUGCCCAUGGUGGUGAGCAAGGUGAACAACCCGCAUUACCUGUACCGCAUGACCGUGCUGCUCUCCAUCUCCAUGCUCGCGCCGGUGCUCGGCUCUGAAGCCACCUGCAGCACCAUGCUGCCCAUCGUGCUCAACGCUGCCAAGGACAGGGUGCCCAACAUCCGGUUCAAUGUGGCCAAGAUGCUUCAAUCCUUCAUCACCAUUGUCGAGCCAUCCGUCGUGGAGCAGACCAUUCGACCAGCCUUGUUUGAGCUCAACGAGGACCCAGAUCCAGAUGUGCGCUUCUUUGCCAAUCAAGCACUGCAGGCGUGCGAUCAGGUCAUGGUGGGCUGAACGCACUGGCAGACAACUGGAGGCACAUGAUUGAAUGGAGACGAUUUGCAGGGGUGUAACAGCACAUGCGCCAUGGCUUGGCUCCAUGCAAAUGCAUGCGAAGUCUAACUCUCUCGAAGCUCUUGCAGCGGCUUCUGCUUGCCUUGGUUGCUGGGUUCAUGUGCGAAGUAUGAGUCCUGAUGGGCAAACUUCAGGAUAAUUGUCGUUACACGUUUUCUCUUUUUGAAGGGCAUGCCUAUUUUGUGGAAACCUUAGCAAUUUUUUUUUGUUUUUUAAAUUCCGAUACCAACUAUCCAUGGGGUGACUCAACUGAAGACUGCUGCUGCUCCCCCUUGCAUCUCUUUGUUCGCAGCGUCGGCUGGCAGCUCUAGGCUUCACUACACGUCAUUUGCGGGAGAAAGGUCCCCUCAAGGAUGUUCUCAGCCGUCAGAUAAAGUAUAGCGAGAGUACCAACGCUGGAUGUUGAGCACGUGUUUAGCGCACAGAAGGAAGAAUCUUUCCGCCUAUCAAGUUACUGUCAGGUGUGCAGCCACCGCCAGGGCGGCUCGCGCGCCAACGAACCGAGUCCCGCGGCUUCCGCGCUGCGGGAAUUUAGAUUUGUGUUCGCGAAACUCGGUCAUUAUAGU